CCAGUGUGGGUGGACUGAUGCCGCCCCCCUGCCAGCUCAGGCUCGGCUCGCCUGGGAGGGGACCACACGAGACGAAUUAGCGCAACAGUUAGUGUCACUUCAUUAGUUUCAGAGCUAAAACUGUCGAGCUGAGAGGUGAUGCUGGGGGUGGUAGGAAUGACGGGCAGCAUGGCCAAUGCCCUGGCCCAUGCGGCCUGUGAGCGAUGCAAGAGUGGCUUUGCUCCGACUGAGAAGAUUGUCAAUAGUAAUGGGGAGCUGUACCAUGAGCAGUGUUUUGUGUGUGCCCAGUGCUUCCAGCAGUUUCCAGAGGGACUCUUCUAUGAGUUUGAAGGAAGAAAAUAUUGUGAACAUGACUUCCAGAUGCUCUUUGCUCCUUGCUGUCACCAGUGUGGGGAGUUCAUUAUCGGUCGUGUCAUUAAGGCCAUGAACAACAGUUGGCACCCUGACUGCUUCUGCUGUGACAUUUGCCAGGCUGUGCUUGCAGACGUGGGAUUUGUCAAAAAUGCUGGCAGACACCUUUGUCGCCCGUGCCAUAACCGCGAGAAAGCUCGUGGCCUGGGCAAGUAUAUCUGCCAGAAGUGCCAUGCCAUCAUUGAAGAGCAUCCACUGAUCUUCAAGAAUGAUCCUUAUCAUCCAGACCACUUCAACUGCAACAAUUGUGGGAAGGAACUGACAGCAGAUGCCAGGGAACUGAAGGGAGAGCUUUUCUGUUUGCCGUGCCACGACAAGAUGGGUGUACCAAUCUGUGGUGCCUGCCGGAGACCCAUCGAGGGGCGUGUUGUCAAUGCCAUGGGCAAGCAGUGGCAUGUGGAGCAUUUUGUGUGUGCCAAGUGUGAGAAACCUUUCCUCGGUCAUCGCCAUUAUGAGAGAAAGGGGUUGGCUUACUGUGAGACUCAUUAUAACCAGCUCUUUGGCGAUGUGUGCUAUCACUGCAACCGCGUGAUUGAAGGCGAUGUUGUGUCUGCUCUCAAUAAGGCCUGGUGUGUCAAUUGUUUCUCUUGCUCCACCUGCAACACAAAACUCACUCUCAAAGAUAAGUUUGUUGAAAUUGACCUGAGGCCAGUGUGCAAGCACUGCUAUGAGCACAUGCCUGAGGAGCUGAAACGCCGCCUGGCUCGACGUGAGCGUGAUGCCAAAGAACGCAAGAAAAAACCUGCUGUGUGUCUGUAGAGUUAUUAUUCUUAACAACUCACCACUCCAUCUGUUGGAACAAGUUUGUUGAGUUUGACAUGAAGCCUGUCUGUAAAAAGUGUUACGAGAAGUUUCCCCUGGAGCUCAAGAAAAGGCUCAAGAAGCUGGCUGAGUCUUUGGGACGCAAGUGAGCUGCUUCAGGCCAAACAACCUGCAAGUACUGUAUUCCUGCUAUGUCUGCGAUGGUAAAAUAUCCAGGAAAACUGCUGCUUUAUGAUAAGAGCCUGGCAUUAUACCAGUACAUCAACAUUACAAAUCAGGGAUCCAUUUAAAAAAUAUAAAUAUACCACUGUGGUCUUGUCAUAAAUGUGCCUGUUAGCAGAUAUUUUUUUCUGUCUUGCUGUUUUUUUAAUACAUAAUAAUAUUUCUUUUUUUUUUUUAAUACAUUCCUAAAUUGUCCAAAUUUGUUAUUCUCUCCUAGCCAAGAAAUGUGAUGUCUGAAUUUAUUAUGACUUAACUAUGAGCAUAAUUUUUAACUGCUGUGUCUAAAACCCUCUUCAAUUUGAAAAGAUUGUCUUGGAUUUACACUUUUACCUUAAAUAUAUGAACUAUGUGUCUUAAAAUGUAACAUACAUAUAGUUAUAAUACAAUUAUGCCUUAGUCUAGCUAUCUUAAUUAGACAAAAAUAUCUACUGAAAGAAGAAUGUUACUAGACUUUUCACCUUUUGAGCUUUCAUACCUCAGUGUGAGUAAUUACAAAGCAACCACAGAAUACUGUAAUGAUGUCUCUUGCUAAGAGAUGUUAAAUGUGUGGUAGAAGUUACAAUGUAAUGUUUGGAACUGUUCGCUUCUGGUGUUUCUUGUCACUCUUCUAUCAGCCUGGUACGACAGAUGAAUAUUCCAGAGGUGGAUAUAUUCAGACUUUCAGUAUAUACUGUAUGCUUUCAGCGUGUAUGGAAGUGUAAUGUUAUUGCUUGCACUGUAAAUGUUUGGGGUUUGUCCCUCUGAUAUUUUAAGCCAAAUUAACAGAGGGAAACAGUUCAAAGAAGUCUAGAUGAAAUGAACCUUCUGCUGAUUAUUUAACAUCAGAACACUUUGAUGUUAAAAUAUCAUUAAUGAGUCAGCACAUUGCCUGGGCUGGUUGUAGACAGGCAAACGUAUUUAGAAAAAAUGGGAAGUGACAUUCAACAGAAAAUUUUAUUUGCUUGGAUGAGCAUUUUUAUUAUGGAAUGCUUUUGCAUACAUUUCAUUUGUCAGAGUUUACAUUUUCUUGAUUUGCAUGAAAUGGCGAAUUACAUUUUACUGCAGCACAUACACAGUAUUUAAUUUUCUGCUGAAUAAUCAAUAAAGUUUUCCUAAACACA